AAGAAUAUCAUGAACUUCAGAGCCUAAUUAAUGGACUAAGAAAUAUUGAAGCUUCUGAUAGAUUGAGUGCAGAGGAUUUUAUUAGAAUUGAUAACGAAAUUCAAGAGUUUGGAAAUGUUGAAAUUACUGAUGAAGAAAUUAUUAGUCAUGUUAGACCAACAGCUGAGUCUGAGCCAGAAGAUGAAUUAUCAAUUGUUAAUCAAAAAAUUACUACAAAAGAGGCGUUAGAAUCUUUAAACAUUGUCCUUUCUUAUAUUCAAGAUCCACCUGAAAAUCUUACUUUUGAAUUUAAACAUAUUAAUUCAAUAAAAGCAAUUAAAAACCACAUAUCCAAACAUACUGCUUCUAAAAAAAAACAAAGCACACUGGAUACAGUUAAUAUGUUUACGGAAUUACGAUGA